GGGAUGUUCACCUAGGACAAAGUUGUAGAUUGAGGAACACAUCUUCUAAUGUACUGCUCCAGUACAUAUAAGAUCAUCUCCUCGUUCAGCUAGAGUGCAGUUACUUUGAAUUUUACGGCUAAACCCGUAUUGAAAAGUUAAACUUUUUUCUUGUGUUGGGCGCUGACGUGGCAUGCAUUCAACAAAGAAACGCCAUGAACACCAAAACGAUGCGUUUACCCCCACGUCGCAUUCUAAUGACGGAAAAACGCAAAGAAAAAGACGGCGUCAUCUCCUCCGUCGUGAAGUCGCCGGAAUCUGCCGUGACGAAGUUUUCUCCGCCGCCGAAUCUUGCUCCUCCAACGGUUAAUUCCAUUUCCAAGAAAGCUCUAACCGUAGCCGAGCCGGUCGCCUCGAACCAGCUAAUUUUAGCCGGUUACUUGAGUCAGGAGUUUCUCACCAACGGCACACUGUUCGGGGAGCAAUGGAAUCCAGCUCGAGCCCAAACCGGUCCACCCGAGCCAAAGAAGGUAAAGCCGAACCAUGCAGUUGAGCCGGUUGAGGAAAGUGAGCCGAAACGGAAGAGGUAUAUGGAAGUCGCUAAUCUUCUCAGGGCAGAUGGGACCCACAUGCCCGGCAUCGUCAAUCCUGCCCAGCUGGCCCGAUUCCUCAAACUGUGAGUGGCUUAAUCCGGUGUACACGUGGAGACAGAUAACUGGUCCGUCGCCCAGCAAGCAAGACAGCCCUAAAACCGGAACCCGCCGCUCCUCUCUCUCUCUCUCUUUUUUUUUGUGUUUUCAAAUGUUUCAAAAUCCUCUCGUAUGUAAAGCGCUGACUCUCGCUCUCUCUCUGCAUCGUCUUCUUCCUCGAAAUCGAUCGAGAAAGUUUAGGGUUUGUUGUGAGGUAGAUUUUUCAUGUUCUUGUACAUCAAAAAAAUAUCAAUCAGCGAAUCGAUC